UUUGCGAUUAAAUUAUUUCGAAAAAUUCAGAAGUGAACCAACCUCCACUCACAGAAGUUCUCCCUCACCUACCAUGGCGCCAGGAGUUACCUGCCGUUUGAUUUCCCCAUCGACGCCGCACAGUGUCACCUACUCCCCAUGGCUGCCAUCGAAGACCGAACAAAUGCUUCCGACACGCUCAGUUUCUCUCUGCUCUUCUCAAAGAGCUUCUUCUUCUUGUCAUUGCUUCAGACCUAAAUUUCAGCCACAUCCGAGGCCCAAAUCAUCUUCUCUACUCGCUAGGUGUUCUGUGGUUUCCGCUGAACAAUCGCUACUUACUUCCACUGUUCAGCAAGUAUCCACCGCUCCCCUCGUUGCAGGGGAAAAGAUCGGUGUUUUGCUGCUCAACCUCGGCGGCCCUGAAACUCUCGAGGACGUACAGCCUUUUUUGUUUAACCUCUUUGCUGAUCCGGAUAUUAUUCGAUUGCCGAGGCUGUUCAGGUUUCUGCAAAAGCCCUUGGCUCAGUUCAUAUCAGUUGCUAGAGCUCCAAAGAGCAAGGAAGGAUAUGCUUCGAUUGGCGGUGGCUCUCCUCUUCGACGGAUAACUGAUGCCCAGGCUGAAGCAUUAAAGGAAGCACUUUGGGAGAAGAAUGUUCCAGCAAAUGUCUAUGUUGGUAUGCGCUACUGGCACCCAUUCACUGAGGAAGCAAUUGAGCAGAUCAAAAGAGAUGGAAUCACAAAACUUGUUGUGCUCCCUCUUUACCCCCAGUUCUCUAUAUCUACUAGUGGUUCAAGCCUUCGACUAUUAGAAAGUAUAUUUCGGGAGGAUGAAUAUCUAGUCAACAUGCAGCACACAGUAAUUCCUUCCUGGUAUCAACGCGAAGGAUAUAUUAAAGCCAUGGCUGAUUUGAUUCAAAAGGAGUUGGAAAAUUUUGAAUACCCCCGGGAGGUGAUGAUCUUUUUCAGUGCUCAUGGUGUACCUCUGGCCUAUGUUGAGGAAGCAGGUGAUCCAUACAAGGCUGAGAUGGAGGAAUGCGUGGACUUGAUAAUGGAAGAACUGGAGAAGAGAAAAAUAAAUAAUGCGUAUACACUUGCAUAUCAGAGUAGGGUUGGACCUGUUGAGUGGCUGAAACCAUAUACAGAUGAGACAAUCAUUGAGCUUGGCCGAAAAGGGGUGAAAAGUCUCCUUGCUGUCCCUAUAAGUUUUGUCAGUGAACAUAUUGAGACAUUAGAGGAAAUUGAUGUUGAGUACAAGGAGUUAGCUCUGGAGUCUGGUAUACAGAAUUGGGGCCGUGUUCCUGCACUAGGUUGUGAACCCAGUUUUAUUUUAGAUUUGGCAGAUGCUGUAAUUGAAAGUCUUCCUUAUGUGGGAGCAAUGGCAGUCUCAAAUCUUGAAGCUCGGCAGUCCUUGGUUCCUCUAGGCAGUGUGGAAGAGCUAUUGGCGGCAUACGAUUCACAGCGCAGGGAACUGCCACCACCUGUGGUAGUCUGGGAGUGGGGUUGGACGAAAAGUGCAGAAACAUGGAAUGGAAGAGCAGCUAUGUUGGCAGUGCUUGUUUUACUCGUCCUAGAAGUGACCACUGGGGAGGGCUUUCUGCACCAAUGGGGUGUACUGCCUUUCUUUCAUUGAUGAUCCUGGCAUCCUUAUCUCUACCUCAGACCAUCUUUGAAAGAGGAAUCUUUUACCACGGCUCGAUCUCCUACACACAAAUUAUUGUUUCUUGAUAUGUGGGAACCUUGUAGUCAAUAGUAUUCAGGUUUCAGAAUGAAGGCUUCCUCUUCUAUUGGCAUAAAUUUCUCGUACGUGCUUCGUUCUUCAAGGCCUCAGUUUACUAGUCUCGAGGGUUGUUGAACAUAUAUACAGAAAGGUAGGACGAGCUGUGCCUCGUGACCAAGAGAAGGGCAACGAAGGGGAAGUUAAGGCCUCUCUAAUCUUAUACUCUAAGUCUUUUGGUCACACUAACAGUUGGAAAAUGCGCACUAUUCGUGCGUAAUGUAUAUGAUUUGCAUGUAUGUGAGGGCAUUUUGAGGGUUUUUAGACCAGCCUGUUAUAAAGGAAGAAGUGACUAAUAAAGCAGUAGAUUUGCACUCU